AUGCGAGUUAUAGAAAAUGCGAAUCGCGGGUUUUGGGAACGUCAGGAGUUAAUUCUUGAGGCUAUUCGGUUAGGAAUCUUGAACUCUGCAAAUAUCAUGUGUCUUGUUCCUGUGGACAUCACGGGCUGCUGCUGCUGCUGCGCGUGUGAUCAUCGCCGCCUCUGGGUCCGUCACCGUCGAGGCUGGUCGCGGGCAGAAGAAGGAGAAGAGACCUCCGUCACCGCCGAGCCAAACGCAGGAGAGAGAAGGAGCCCGCGGGAGAGUAGCUUGUUACCGUCGCUUCUGCCGCCGGAGAACACCUCUGCUGCCACUGAGAUCUGUCGCCGUCGCCGUUGUCGGAGUUCUGGUCGCUGCUGCCGUUCGAGGUGGCUGCCGGAGCUGCCGCCAAACCGGUUCAGCGACCGCCGCUGUUUCAUUUUCUUAGUUCGGAACCGGAUGAAGAAGCGUUAAGAAGAGUUAUACUACGU